URCAAGAAGUGACAACACUGGCGCGGGAAAAUCAACAGUACUACUUCCGCUUUGCUUUGAACGUCGUAGAAACUUCAGAAAAAUCGUGUUGUUCAUUUGUUAAAUUAUAGAAAUGUUCAGUACAGAAAAUGGAAUGUAACGAGUCACAUUACGUCUUAAAACACUCAGUGUUUCAGCGUUUAUACUAAAAAUAAUGCAACGUCUGUAGCGUGGAUCUUUGAAAUAAUCUGAUUAAUGGAGUAAGUUAUUGAGCCUGUCUGUGUUUACUAUGGAUCGGUACAACGAAGUAAAGAUCCUGCUGAAAAGAUGGGAGCAGGGGUUUGUCAGAGAGCACCAGAGGAAACCCAACAAGGAGGACGUUGAUCAAGCUCCAGAGGAGACAAGAAAUCUGUAUAAGGAGUACAAGAGUUUAAAACAAGCUAAAGAGAACAGCAGCACUGAUGCUUCCGGCAGUCAAAAUAAAACUCAGCCUAACUCGACUCAUAAGGAGUCAGAGAGUUGGGGCGCCCAUUUGAAUCGUAAAGCGAUGCCGGUGUCUGCUCCGCGACUYACGUCCCAGGACAGAGACAGUCUGAUGGCUUCCUCACAGUAUUAUGGGCUAAAGCUCAAAAACAACCUUGCUUCACUAAGUAAAGAGAGGCCCGUCUCACUGAAGARAUCCCACCGAACUGGUCGAGUUCCUCUGAAUUCUCUGAAAGAUUGUCAGACAACAAAUGGUCCCAGUUCAUCCACUGAGGCUGAAAAGAGCCCAGCUGUUGAUGAUCUCAGCCUCUUCUCUCCAAGAGGAAUGAAGCCAUGCCAGGGUUCACUGCGUUCCAAAACACUCAGUUCAGUAGAGCCUGAGGAGCACUUUAAACCUUUUGAUGCUGAACCUGCAGAUGUUGUCAGAACCUCCAACAACAGUAGUUUUGAUGCUGAUAAAAAAGACUCUAUGWUGAAUCCCACCAACCCGUCCUCGUCUUCCCAGCCUGUGUUUGGAAACACAGAAGAGUUCACUGAGAGUGUAGAAAACAGAACAGAAAUGUUAGAAACUCCACAUAGAAGUCCUGACCCUGGUCCUUCAGCUGGUUUCAGAGCGGGGUUGUUUAAACAGCCUUCUCUCGCCAACAGGCUGAGCUGUGUCGACAGGAAGUGGUUGGAAAGGUGUCAGGUGUUCGGAGAGAUGGAAGCGGAGGAGAGGCCCGGCGGAGGCAACCGGGAAUUAAAAACGGAGCGGAGAAAAGAAAGAGACGAUGAAAGAGCAGGAAGAGUCGAGAGAGCUGAAGAUAAAGAAGGAAGCGAGUCAAAGGGAAAGUUUAAUGACACUCAACAGUGUAAUCGAAAAAGCAAAGCAGAGGGAGAAAGAAAGGAGGAAAAGAAAAACGAGGAGAUGGAAGGAGGAGAGGCACUGCUCGCUGUACCAGACGAUGACCGCGAGAGUCCAAAAUCACAAAGUGCAAAGAAAAGAGGGAGGAAGAGGCAGAGAGAGAGGGGCGAUGUAGAGGGAAGUGGUACAGAAGAGGAAGGAGUGAAAAAGAGGAGGAAGAAUUGUAAAAAGAAAGAGGAGAGCUGUGUGAACUCAAAUGAUGGAGGAGAGAAGAAAAGGAGGACCACAAGGAAAGAAACAGAACACGGCGAGGAGGAAGAAACAAAAUUACCAACAAAGGCUCCCCAGGAGAACUUGUUUGGAGAAAUAGAGGAAGAGUUCAGAACUAAAAGAAUGUGUCAAACACCACCUGUCAGAGCCAGAACAACAAAAGGCGCAGGGGGUAACUUUGUGAAGAUAAACCUGAAAAAAAAAUCUCACGUCAAAGGAUACGCGCUAAGAGGGAUGGCUUUACGCAAACAGUUGUACAUGCAGAAGUUCCAGCUGAAAGGUGAGCGUUUUGGUGGAGGAGGUGGAUAUCUGGGCCGCGGACGGAGAGGGGGUUUUAGAGGGGGGCUCAGUCGACAGGGGGACACCUGYUACAAGUGUGGAGGGACGGGACACUGGGCUGUGGACUGCAGGGGACGAGCACCCCCACCUCCUGUUUCUGAGGAUCAGCCUGCAGAGGAGGAGCCUUUUGAACUACCCACCCUGGAGGAUGUUGCCAGGGCAACGGGAACGCUGCGACCUCAUCCACUGGUGGCGUCCUCCUGUGUCGAGCGGCCAGAGGAGGAAACGAGUAGCAGCCGUGAAGAUGACGUGCUGCUGAACGUGAUCCGUCCCGACUACGAACGUCCCGCUCCUCCGCCGCCCAUGAAACCUCUUUAUCAUCUUACAGAAGAUGGGAAAGUUCAGGAAACACCAGAUGAAGUCUAUUCUGCUUUAAGAGGCCUCGGCUACCAGUCGUUCAGAGCGGGGCAGGAGAAGGCCAUCAUGAGGAUCCUGUCAGGCCUCUCCACCCUGGUGGUGUUAUCUACUGGGAUGGGUAAAUCGUUGUGCUAUCAGCUGCCAGCUUACCUGUACGCUCAGCGAUCCAAGUGCAUCACUUUGGUCAUUUCACCUCUAGUUUCUCUCAUGGACGACCAGCUGUCAGGCCUUCCCACCAAGCUGAAGGCCGCCUGCAUCCACUCCAACAUGACGAUGAAACAGAGAGAAGCUGCCAUAGAAAAGGUGAAGUCCGGUCAGGUGUGUGUGUUGCUUCUCUCUCCAGAGGCUUUGGUUGGUGGAGGAGGCUCGGGUGCGGGAUGUCUGCCCUCCGCUCAGGAGCUCCCUCCUGUGGCCUUCGCUUGUAUAGACGAAGCUCAUUGUGUUUCCGAGUGGUCACACAACUUCAGACCCUGCUACCUAAGGCUCUGUAAGGUCCUGCGGGAGCGCCUGGGAGUGCAGUGCCUGCUGGGACUCACAGCUACAGCCACACUGUCCACUGCUUUGGACAUCGCUCAUCAUUUGGACAUCAGCGAUCAGGACGGCAUCGCUGUGAGAUCUGCCGCCGUGCCGCCAAACCUGAAUCUGUCCGUGUCCACGCAUAAGGAGAAGGAUCAGGCUUUAGUUUCCUUGCUGAAAGGGGAUCGUUUUGGUUGCUUGGACUCAGUCAUAGUUUACUGCACCAGGCGAGAGGAGACGGUUCGUGUCGCUGCACUGCUCAGGACCUGCCUGCAGGGGGUGCUGGUGAAAGAAAACACCCAAACAAGCGACAAAAACAAGACGCAGAACUCAGCUGACCAGAGAAAAAAAGAAUUAGCACGGAAGAAGAUUCGUAAGCCCCUGAAAUGGCAGGCGGAGGCGUACCACGCCGGCCUGUCGGGGUCCGAGCGUCGCCGCGUUCAGAACAACUUCAUGUGUGGGGAGCUGCGAAUCGUCGUGGCCACGGUGGCGUUCGGUAUGGGUCUGGAUAAGUCUGACGUUCGAGGAAUCAUCCAUUACAACAUGCCAAAAAGCUUUGAGAGUUAUGUUCAGGAAAUUGGGAGAGCAGGGAGAGAUGGAGAACCGGCUCAUUGCCACCUCUUCCUGGACCCUGAGGGUGGUGACCUCCAUGAACUCCGUCGCCACAUCUAUGCAGACACUGUCGACUAUUAUACAAUCAAAAAACUGGUCCAGAGAGUUUUUCCUGCGUGCAAAUGUAAAAAGAUCCAUGAAAAACAACAAGAGCUGUGGAAGGAUGUUGAAGACUCGGAGCUGCUGGAGGUGGUGGACGUGUGUGAUCAGGAGAGCAGCCUCCACCAUCCUGCUCAGGAAGACACGGGACAAACGGAGAAUAAGGAAGCUCCAACCUUACAGCCUGAACUUAUCGAUAAAGAAAGUGAAAAGAAGGAGGCGGAUGAGUCGAAAGAAGGCGUGGCGGUCAAAGACGAGGAAGCCGAUUGGCCGAAGGAGCGGGCGUGUCACACUCAUGAACGAGCGAUUCCCAUUCAAGACACCGUGGAGGCUCUGGACAUCACAGAGGAAGGUGUGGAAACCCUGCUCUGCUAUCUGGAGCUGCACCCACAGAGGUUCGUUGAGCUCCUUCACCCCACGCUGUCUGUGUGCACGGUCAAGUGCUAUGAAGGACCCAGACAGCUGCAAAGGAUCACCAAAAUCUGCCCUCCGGUUGCUGUGGURUUGGCCAGGAGGAGGCUGGCCGGGGAGCGCGUGUUGAGCUGUAAUCAGCUGGAGUUUGACGUCGUCGAGGUAGCGGACACUAUGGGAUGGCAGCUUCCUGUUGUAAAGAGAGGACUCAGACAGCUGCAGUGGAGCACUGAGCGAGGAGGCGGAAGAAGCGGCGUCCUGGUUGAAUUCUCAGCUCCUUCUUUCUACUUCCGUUCGUACGGCGACCUGAGCGAUGAGGAGAUGGACAGUGUUUGUCAGCUCCUCCACAGUCGAGUGCAGGAGCAAGAGAGGACACAGCUCUUCCAGCUCACGGCUUGUUUCAGAGCCUUUAAGAGUGUUGCCUUCAAAAGCGUGACGUCCUGCGUGGACGAUCUGGACGAGAGUCGCAGUUCGCAGCUGAAAAAUCUUCUCUCUGAGUACUUCGACCAGAGGRGAGAGCGAGAUCACACGCUGAAACCCGUGGACUUCGAGGAGCUCAACGCGUACAAGCUGUUGGAGUGGGAGGAUCAGAUCAGAGCUGACAUUAGGUGUUUUCUGUCCUGCCGAAGUGAUGAGAAGUUUUCUGGACGAGCUGUUGCUAGAGUUUUUCACGGCAUCG